AUGGCGGCUCCCACACAGUUGGCCUAUCGCACCUCCAAGGGCAUCGGGAUCCUCAACGCGGCGCCCGCCUACGAGCCGCUUCCCGGCUUCACCCCGCCCGAGGGCAACCUUCGUUGCAAGUGCUACUCGCCCGACAGCAGGUACUUUGCCUGGGCGUCGCCCGAACACGUUUCCGUCAUCGACGCCUCCAACGGCAGCCUCGUCUCGACCGUGCCCGCCGUCAACGUCUUCCAGCUCGGCUUCUCCCCGCUGGGCACCUACAUCAUCACAUGGCAGCUCCCAUCGAAGGAUGAGGACGGCAAUGCCAAGAAAAACCUCAAGGUCUGGAAGACCGUGUCCGAUGACGCCGACGGCGCUGAGCGAGCAGUCGUCGGCGAAUUCGUGCAAAAGUCCCAGACCGGCUGGAACCUGCAGUACUCCCCCGACGAGAAGUUCUGCGCACGCUCCGUCACCAACGAGGUGCAGUUCUUCCAGUCCGAGGACCUCCGCAACCCAUGGAACAAGCUGCACGUCGAGGGCGUGACCGACUUUGCUCUGUCGCCCGGCAAGAACCAUUCAGUUGCCGUUUUUGUUCCGGAGCGCAAGGGUAUGCCUGCCUCGGUCAAGGUCUUCCAAGUGCCUCAGUUCAACUCCCCGGUCUCGCAGAAGACGUUCUUCAAGAGCGACAAGGUCCAGCUAAAGUGGAACGACCUCGGCACGAGCGUCAUCGUUUUGGCCCAGACCGACGUCGACAAGACCAACAAGAGUUACUACGGCGAGACGAACAUGUACAUUCUUAGCGCCAACGGCUCUUUCGACUCGCGCAUCCAGCUUGACAAGGAAGGCCCCAUUCACGACGUGUCCUGGUCGCCCAACUCGAAGGAGUUCGGUGUCGUAUACGGCUACAUGCCAGCAAAGACCACCAUCUUCAAUGCCCGUGCUGUUCCUCAGCACAAUUUCGAUCUAGGCCCGAGGAACACCAUCAACUUUUCGCCGCACGGUCGUUUUGUGCUCGUCGCAGGUUUUGGUAACCUGGCUGGAGAUGUCGACAUCUACGACUUGGAGAGGAACUACCACAAAGUCUGCACCAUCAAGGCUGCCAAUUGCACUUACUGCGAGUGGAGUCCCGAUGGUAGGCAUAUUCUUACCGCGACUACGAGCCCGCGUCUUCGCGUUGACAACGGUAUCCGCAUUUAUCACAUUACUGGACCUCUCAUGUAUGAUCAGGACAUCACUGAGCUGUACCAUGUUACUUGGCGCCCGCAGUCGCCUCAGGAGCACUCCUUGGAUAACGUGCUGACUGCCCCUGUCCCUCACCCAUCAGCUGCUGCGUUUGCGGCGACGCAGAAAACCCCAUCCAAGCCGGCUGGUGCCUAUCGUCCUCCCGGUGCGCGAGGAACCGCUACCCCUCUCAUGUUCAAGCGUGAAGAUGAGGGUGGAGCAGCAUACACCAAUACCGGUGUAUCAUCAACCAAUGUUGGAUUCCAAAACGGCUUUGGCCGAGGCGGCCGUCGUCAGGUACCUGGUGCCGAGCCUGCACAGAAUCUGCCGCCAGGUGCUGCUCCUGGAGGCGGCGUCAGCCUCUCGGGCACUGGGGAGGGCGAGGAGCUGUCCAAGGCAGCGCAAAAGAACAAGAAGAAGCGUGAAGCGAAGAAGGCUCGCGAAGCCGCGGAGAAGGCAGCUGGCCUCACCGCUGAUGUGCCCACAGGCCCUGCUGGUCGCAGUCCUGAACGUCGCGAUGUUCGCGAUGGCCGUCAGCGCAGCCACAGUAAGAAUGGUAGCUUCGGGAAUGGCAGGAGCCCCAGCCAGCAGCGUCAAUACGGCAACAGCCCCGACCGCCGCGCCCAAGGCCCACCGCGACAGAAUCCAGGUCAGCAGCAACAGCGUAGUCAGGAUGCUCGCGUCCCACCUCCCGUUCAGACCUCGAACGCACCGGCUCCCGAUCUUACUGUUACUAGCCCUGGCGAAGGCGGUGGACCUCAAGACAAGAAGAUUCGUGGCCUGCUCAAAAAGGUUCGCGCUAUUGACGAGCUCAAGAUGAGGCAGGCAGGCGGCGAGAAGCUUGAGGACACCCAGAUUAAGAAAAUUGGUACUGAAGAAUCCAUUCGCAAGGAGCUCACCGGGCUUGGUUUCCAAGGCUAG